UGCCCCAGGGUCCCCACUCCCUGUGGCCCCUCCCCCACCAGCUAGAUGGUCACUGGUUCUGCCUGGGCCAGGAUCUCCAGCCUGCUCAGGUGACUCCUGGCCCAGCCCUCUCUACUCCGGUCCCUGGCCCCCUGCCUCACUGUGACCCCUCUCCAGACUGGCACAUGUCUCGGCCUCUGUGUGUCACCUGUGCAGCGAGGUGCCCACAAUGCUGGCCCCUCACAAUGGUUGCCCAGCAACGGGACUCCCCUCAGAGAAGGGGACUGGACACCGGAAGGGACGGGAGCCAGCAAGGCCAGAGUGGAAGCAAAAUGACAGCGACUCAGAAACACAGCCUCCUCACGCCAGAGCCACACUACAUCCCUGGCUAUGCCGGCUUCUACCCGCAGCUGCGCUUCCAGGUGGGGAACACCUACGGGCGCACCACAGGCCAGCUGCUCACAGACCCCAGCGUGCAGAAGAGCCCCUGUUCUGUGCUGUCCCCCAUGUCCAAGCCCAAGUUCAUUGAGGACUUCAGCCAGUCCAGGCCUCCCUGGGUUCCCUGCCGAGACCUGACUGAACCCUACGUUCCCCACUACACCAGUCUGAAGCCCUACAAGAACUUUGAGAUCCGAGGCCAGCUGCCACCCCUGGAUGUGGACGCCCAGGAGCCACCAGGGGUAGAGAACAUACCCAGACACCUUCUGCUGCCUGCAGGUGUCAUGCCCUACCCCCCCCACCCACUGUGCCCACCAGGCAGGAAGGGGGACUCCAGAGACUCGGGAUACCCAGGCCUGCGGCUGGCCUUCAGGGAAGAGGCCUGGAGGAACGCCGCCCCUGUCUGUGAGGCCCGAAGGCAGCAGCAGCAGGUACAGGAUGCACUGGUCAGUGCCAAGCGCACUCCAGCUCGGCCCUGGAUGGGAGCUGCAGGACGACCUCUGCCCUCCCCACUGCAGCUGUACCACUGCCGGAGGGACGAGUACCCACCCCACACUCACCAGCAGGAGACACUAGAUGUGUGCAGGUUCCAGCGGCUGCCACAGCUGGACCACCCCAACCUAAUCCAACGCAAGGCCAUCGCAGGAGUCCAGCUUUUCCCAGAAGGAGGUGCUGUCCUGCCUGCCUCUUCCCAUUUGGCCACAGCAGGCAGUCGCCAACAUCCAGGAAAGGAAAGAGAGCCUUACGUGGCUUCCCUGAUGCGUCUGGGGAGUUCCUGUUCAGAAACCCCCACUGUGACCUGGGGGAGAAGCUUCUGGAAACACACUGGCCUAACAACCACAUCUACAGCAGUCAAGGCCUGAUCCCCUUCUACAUGGGGUUCAUCCCCUCCAUGCAGGACAACUACGCGCUGACGUUUGGCAACAGCACCCGGAAGGCCUACUGGAAGGAACAGGCACGGCGAGACCACACACUAUGAAACAGCUUUAAUGGUGUUGUCUGUACAGCAUGGCGCAUGAAAGGGAAAACAGCAGGUGCACACGCAGCGGGACAAGCCAGAUAGGCUGGGAGUGAAUAAAGAGUUCACACCGCU